AUGUUGGGUUUGUGUCCUGUACGAAGGACAAUAGACCAUAGGAUGCGCGACAAUUUAAGGGACCUUCGUCGUUCCGAAAGGGACAUCUUUCCAUAUUGGACAGAGGCUGACCACUCAGUACUUCAUGUGGGCAACGAAACCCAGCAGAUGGUGGACGACGAUAAGAAAUUUGGUGUCUUCCUGGAUGUGUCACAAUUCCGGCCUGACGAACUGAACGUGCAUCUGGAGGGGCAAGAGCUGAUCAUUGAAGGCAAACAGGAACACAAAGCGACAAAUGGUGCCCUGCUCAGAUCGUUCACUCGCAAAUGGCUGCUGCCCAAAAAUGUUGACCUGGAGUCUAUCCGUACUCAGCUUGACGACAAAGGCCAUUUGUCCGUGGAAGCAUCGAAGAACCCCGAAGGCCAUGAGAAUAGGCGAACUAUCCCCAUUAUGAUUAAGCAUUGA